AUGCUUGUGAAACAGUUGUUACUGUUUAUUAUUUUGCACAUAUUUUUCUCUAAUGGACAACAACCAAAAUUAACGCUCGACGAAUUUUUUGAAUAUGUUGAGUUCACUACAUUGGCUUUAUCAUCCGAUGGUCAAUCCGUCCUCAUUUCUUUACAGCGACCUAACUGGAACGCAAGUAUGUAUCGAACAGAAUUAUAUUUGUAUGAAAAUAAUGGACAUACAAAAAAAUUAUUGGCUGAAUUUUCUCCCGGUCUGAUUAAUCCUCAAUGGUCACCCUCGAACAGAUGGAUUAGUUUUCCAUGCGGAAAAAAUUCAACAAAUGAAACAAAAAUCACAUCUGGUGAUGAUAAUAAACAAUCACAGUAUAUUUGUUUAUAUUCAACAAUUUCACAAGAAAUAUUCAGCAUAUCUCUUGGUGAAGAACUAAUACUUGCAUUUACAUGGGCAGCUGAUAAUAACGACGACAGUUUUUAUUACGUUACACAAACCCCAAAAACUGAUGACGAAGAAAAAUUAUAUAAAAAUGAAUGGAAAGAUGUUAUUCAAUAUCGAGAAUCCGAACGAGGUGAUACAAUUUAUCGUGCUUCAAACAUUGAAAAUGGAACAAUUACAAAAGAAAUUGUUACAACGAUAGCAUCAUUUGGUGUUUUAGAAUUAAUUGCUUCACCCAAUGGUGAACAACUUGCACUUGCCUCUAGGUCAAAGUCAGGACGUUCCGAAAAAUAUGACGAUCUCGAAAUCUAUACCAUAAAUCUUCUGAAUUCUUCGCCUGUACCGUAUCGACUCACGAAUAACACUGGGCUUGAAGUACUACUGCAAUAUACAAGUGACAGUCAACAUCUUUUUUUUCUCGUGUAUGCUGGCGUAGGUUCAGUUUAUCACGAAAAUCGGAGUUAUCAAACGAGAUUAUAUUCAGUUGAUACUAAAACAGGUAUUGUUCAACGUUGGGCGAAACAUUUUCCAGGAAGUAUAACUCGUUAUGCUCUUAAUCCAGAUGUGAUUAUUUUGGGACAAAACGGAACUGAAGUUCAUAUGUAUACACAGAAAUCAGUUGAUGAUCCAUUAAUAGAGCAAAAUGGAUGGAACGGAAGUUAUGAACAGAUUGUUUCAUCAGCCAAUAGUUCUUCAAUUGCUUUUGUUCAUUCAUCUUUUGAUCAACCGAAAGAAGUUUAUUUUAUUGAGAAAAUGGAUCAACUUCAAUAUGCAGGGGCAAUUACCGAAGAAAAUAAAUUGUUCAAGCAGCGACAAUUACCUAAACAAAAAGUUUAUCAAUGGGUUAAUUAUGAUGAUGGAAGACAAAUUGAAGGAAUUUUACAUUAUCCACCAGGAAAAUUUGAACAAAAAAAUCUUCCACUAUUUGUCUUGAUUCAUGGUGGUCCAUUUGCAGCAGACAUGAAUAAUUUUCAAGCCGACUGGUACAGUUGUAGCCGAAUGAUAGCAACAGAAGACUGGCUAGUUUUAGAACCAAAUUAUCGGGGCUCUACGGGUUAUGGUGAUCUAUUUUUAAGUGAAAUUUCAACCAAUAUGGUUUCAUUACCUGGUGCGGAUAUCUUAUAUGGUGUUGAUAGUUUAGUUCGAGAUGGUAUUGCUGACGGAAGGAAACUUGGAGUCGGUGGCUUCAGCUACGGUGGUUUUUUAACGAACUGGCUAAUUACACAAACAACCCGUUUUAAUGUUGGAUUAACCGGCGCUGGAGCACUUGAAAUGGUGUCAAACUGGGGCACAAGCGAUUUACAAAUAUUUUUUGAUUAUCUUCUUGAUGGUAAGCCUUGGGAAGUGCCAGAGGGAUAUCACGCCGAAUCGGCAAUCUACCGAAUGAAUAAAAUUCGUACACCAACUCACAUGAUAACUGGAGAAAUCGACAUUCGUGUUCCUACUAGUCAAAGUUUUUUAAUGGAGCGUGCUUUAUAUACUCUUAAUAUUCCACAUAAAUUAUUAAUAUUUCCAGGUGCAGGGCAUGCAUUUACUAAUCCAUGGCACGGAAAAAUAAAAAUUCGAGAAGAACUCAAGUGGUUACACCAAUAUGGCAAUAAAUCAGUCCUUAGUUGA